AGUUGGUUUCAGGUUGCCAGAGUCCACCAGCAGUGGCGGCGGUUCAGUAAUUCGACGGCUUUUAUUGGAUAAGCAGCGUUUUCCAGCGAGCUCCUGUUUUGCUCUCGUGGUAACAUUAACGACACAGAGUGCCAAAGUGGUGAAGAAACCUAGCCUGGAAGGACGGACGGAAUACGGUGUCUGUGUGGGAUAUAACUCCUAGGCGAUUUAAAGGCAAGAGUGUUAUGUGGGAGGUUGGUUUUGAUUAAGUCCUGGAACAGCGACUGGCAGCAUGUAAAUGAAACGAAGUGUCAGCGAUCAGUAGUGCGGUGUGGAUUCGAAGUGCCUGUUUGGAUUUGAGUUACCCCUCGGUCCGUGCUUAGUGUCCGCACACAAGGGUAAAGCACCGAGCCCAAGUGCCAAGGAAUAACAGUGUGAAGGGUAGUGCGAAGCGAAGUUGUGCUGCCUUCUACAAUCAGUAGAAAAGUGAAUGUAGUUACGAUAAUAAUCAGUGACGAGCUUUUUCCAUUUCCAUUUGAUAAAUAGGCCUAUCCCAAUUUGGGCCAUUGGUUUCGUAAUACUACCGAUUGAGCGGAACAGUGACAGUGAUUACGAAAGUUAAGUGUGAGAUACGGCAGGAAGGAAUAACGUGCCAACAGAUUGAUCCCGUGACCGGAUGCUCUGCCAUACUGAGAGCUGACGAAACACAUGCCAAGAAUUGCUUGUUCACUGGGCACUAAAACACUUCACAAUAAUCAUCCCGCGAGCCUGAUUGAAAUUCAACCCAGGAUUAUCGUUCGGUGCAUCCAACAACCACAUCGGGAAAGUGUGUGUGACGGUGACGGUGACGUGUGCGAUGCAUCCGCUGGUAACCAACAAAAGUGACCGAUGAAAACGUUUGACGUUGGCUAAGGUAACCGACGGUAAGAAGAAAAAAAAACGAAAAUACGAAACGAAUUUCAAAGGGCGGAAGCACUAACUGUUAUUCGAACCCACUAAGACCGGUGUCGCGCAGUUUUACGACGCAAGUGUUCCGAAUAGUCAUACGAAAAGUAGGCUGGGUGUGCGAAUCGAUCCGCUCAAGGCGAAAAGUGUUUAUCCAAUAAAAGAAGAAGAAGAAGAAGAAGACGGUAGCAAGUGGAUCCAAAACCGCAGAGGACAACAGACGCAGCGAUAAUUAGAAAGACGCAACAAUGUUUCCGCUUCAACGAGGAGCGGCAACAUGGCUACUUCUACUGCUAACCACCCUGGCACUGUGCAUCUCCGGAAAUAAUAAUGGUGGCGCGUUGGCAGCAGAAAACAACCAACGGGUGGUGUGCUACUACACCAACUGGUCCGUGUACCGACCGGGAACGGCCAAAUUCAACCCGCAGAACAUCAACCCGUACCUGUGCACGCAUUUGAUCUACUCGUUCGGUGGAUUCACCAAGGAUAAUACCCUGAAACCGUACGACAAGUAUCAAGACAUUGAACAAGGUGGUUUCGCCAAGUUCACCGGCUUGAAAACUUACAACAAAAACCUGAAAACCAUGCUCGCCAUUGGUGGAUGGAACGAGGGUUCGUCACGGUUCUCCCCGUUGGUGGCCGAUUCGGAGCGACGAUCACAGUUCGUGAAGAAUACGAUCAAAUUUCUGCGACAGAAUCAUUUCGACGGAUUGGAUUUGGACUGGGAAUAUCCGGCCUUCCGGGAUGGAUCAAAACCAAAGGAUCGGGAGAACUAUGCCCAGCUUGUACAGGAGCUACGGGAGGAAUUUGAACGAGAAUCUUCCAAAACCGGACGACCAAGACUACUGCUCACGAUGGCAGUUCCAGCCGGUAUAGAGUAUGUGGAGAAGGGUUAUGACAUACCUAAGCUGAACAAGUAUCUGGAUUGGUUCAAUCUACUGACCUACGAUUACCAUAGUGCCUACGAACCGGCAGUUAAUCAUCAUUCACCAUUGUAUUCUUUGGAGGAACCUUCCGAGUAUAAUUUCGACACGGAACUUAAUAUUGACUACAGCAUAAAGUUCUACCUGAAUGCCGGUGCGGAUCGCGACAAGCUAGUGCUGGGUAUUCCGACUUACGGUCGAUCGUACACCCUGUACAAUCCGGAUGCAACCGAAAUCGGCUCGCCAGCGGACGGUCCGGGUGAACAGGGUGAUGCUACCCGUGAGAAGGGUUAUCUGGCUUACUACGAAAUUUGUACCGCCGUCAAGGAGGACCCCGAGUGGACCGUUGUGCAACCCAACGCUAACGCUAUGGGUCCGUACGCGUUCAAGGGUAACCAGUGGGUCGGGUAUGAUGAUGAAGCAAUCGCUCGGAAGAAGGCCAAAUACGUGGCGGAAAAUGGGUUGGGAGGUAUCAUGUUCUGGUCGAUUGAUAACGACGAUUUCCGAGGAACCUGUCACGGUCGGCCGUAUCCGAUCAUUGAAGCUGCCAAGGAGACACUGCUUGCUAGCACUGAUAUUGGCGCCAAUGACAUAGCUGCUCCGAGUCGCCCGAGGAAACCGUCGCGAUCACGUAGCCGAACGGGAACCAGCCACCGAAAUCGGAUUUCUGCUGAAAACAGUAACGAAAUUAAGCCUGCUUUGAAGACUUCCCAAAGUAGGAAAAAUGCCAGAACUCAAAGUACAACCACGACUAGCACCACUACGUCAAGUUCGCUGUACAUCGGAGGACGUACCACAACGCCACAACCACCGACAACCCCGGAUCCAGGAGCAGAUUUCAAAUGUACCGACGAAGGAUUUUUCCAGCAUCCACGGGACUGCAAGAAAUAUUUCUGGUGUUUGGACGCUCCGGCUCUCGGAUUGGUAGCCCAUCAGUUCACCUGUCCAUCGGGUCUUGUGUUCAACAAACUGGCCGACUCCUGUGACUACGCUCGGAACGUGGUCUGUUCUAAAAAAUCGGAAGCCACAACCACCAGCACCACAACAACAACCACGACUAGCACCACAACGGAAUCGUCACGAGCUCGGGUCACGGCUUCCACUACUCGAAACAGUUUCUUUAAUCGGGCAUUCACUACCACAACCACCACGGAACCACCGAUCGAGAUCGACUAUUCCGAUGAGGUAGAAGACGAAGUUGAGCCCGAAGAGGACCCGAAGGUUAUCAAGGAGUUGAUUGCAUUGAUAAAGAAGGUUGGUGGUAUUGAAGAGCUCGAACGGCAGCUACAAGCUCAGGAAGAUGGUUCCGUUGUAUUGAAAGAUACCCAGACGGAUCAAAUAUCGACUACUCCGUCUACGAUUAGCAAAAGCUUGUACGAAAGAGUUCUGAGCAGAGCUGGUAAUGGACUGCAAAAGUUCCGCCCGGCACUGACGUUUACCCAGACCGAUAAGAGUGGUUCGACGGAGAACAAGUAUUCGUCGGUGGUACGAAAUAGCAACACCAACAGCCGGGUGGGACCACAGAACGAAGGAAUCGAACAGUUACCAGAGUUUGAGGGUGUUUUCAAGGAACGGCCGAAAUAUGUUACGUUGAACCGAGCGAGACCUACCAAGUCCAGUGCGGAGGAUGACGCCGAUGACGAUGAUAUUGAGGAAGAGGAAAAUCAACCUUCAACGUACGCUACCAAACGACCAACUUCAAGCCCCAAGUACGUCAGCAUCCGAAGACAGCGUCCUACGCCAGUAGUGGAAAACAUCGAAGACGAGGAGGAAGAGAAUGUGCAUUAUAGCAGCGUUAAUCGGAACAGAUUCCGUCAAACAACCACCGAACAAGCUGUGGAGGAAUUUGAGCGAGUACCAAGCCGGUACAAUUCCAUCGAACGCCGCCGAGCUACUUUGCAGCUCAACCGAUUGCAGGAGGGCGAUAAAGAUGAUGUAGGCACUGAUUCGUCUCUAUUGGUACCUUCUACCGAUUUCCAAACCUUUUACACUACAUCGUCCACUACCGAUGCACCAGAACAGUUCAUCACGUACAGCACACGACACUACGCCAGUGUAGAACGUAGUAGCACCACGGAGGCACCUCCGGUGGACUUGAGCGCUACGGAUCUACCACAGACAGCAACUACUCCCACCACAACCCUCACAGGAAACAAUGUACAGUACCUCAAUACAGACAUCCAGACGGAACUGCCCGUACUACGUACCAAUGUUCCGGCCGACACUGUUUCAGAACUAGAUUUAAGUAAGACUGCAACGGCGGACUCCGACAGCCUGACGACGGAUGACACGGUGACCGUAGAUUUUAGCAAGAACGAACAGACCAACGAGGUAACCACCAUACUAAACCUAGGUGAAAGUGUUACUGGUAGUAGUGUUAGCGAGUUGGAAGCGAGUGUUCGUAGUAGUAGUGUUGGUUCUAGUGGUGAUAGCGUUAACACGAGAGUUCAGGAGGCCGGAGAUCAGCCGUCACUGAUCACUUCUUCGGUCCCAGUUUCGUUCGGUGGUAGUGAAAGCUCCGUCACGACCACCACCGGUAUCCCUUCAAGCACCACCGAAAGGUUAUCCAGUACUAACGAAGAACAGUUUAACUCGGUAUUCAAAUUUUCACCAAGAACUAGGAAAACUACCACUACCGUUAGUCCCCUAGAAGUUGUCACUAAUAAGCAGGAAUCCGAUAGUCAAUUAACCCCCACGCUAGCUGCCCCUCGUCCGUUUGGAGGGGCAGUUCGGCGUACACGCCCUACCCGUCGUCCUUCGAGCAGCGCAACGACGACCACUUUGGCUCCCGAAGAAUCCUCCACUCUUCGCUCGGUAAAGGUGAGUUUUGCCAACGAACAACGAUAUGAUCUUUCAGCUAGACGUAGGAUCGGUGUAGCCGGAUCGUCUGCCGCGACGAAUCCUAGCAACAACGAGGUAGGUAGUGCUAGCGAUUCGGCCGGCAGCGAACCGAGUCCACGUCCGACACGUCCCCGGGGAUCCCGUGGCCGUGUACGGUUCGGAGCAUCCAACGAAUCAGUUUCAUCUACUGCUUCGAUCCGUCGAGGUCAAAGUUCUUCGACCGAGGCGACAACGGUUGGUGAUGUACCUGCGCAGCCACGUCGUCAGCCUUCGGAAUCUUUUGCAAGAAAUCGUUUUUCCUUAAACCGUGCUUCCAGCCGUGUGCCGGAAGCAUCAACGAGUACCACUGAGCAAGCACCCGUUCCGGAGCAGCCAGUUGAGCAGUCAACUGCUAGGGCUUCACUGAGACGGGUUAACUUCAAUCUGUACAGCGGUAGAUCGACCACAACCACCGUGGAACCAGAAAUCGAAACGGACUCACCAGUGAUCAAUCUGCAGCUUAAGGCUCACGCGGGAAUCGAUGAGGAUCUUUUCAAGACUCAGGAACGCAUUCUGCUCACUCUGGGAACUGCUUUGCAGUAUGGUUUCAGCAAUCGCAACGAAUUGAACGCACGACGGAUUCAGGAUUCGAAACCAAAUGUCAUCAAGGGAACUGUGUCCGAUUCUCCUGUGACGAACAUUAUUCGUGAAACUCCGGUCCCGGUUAAAAGUCGUUCCGAAGACACUAUCGAUAAUCGAUUGGCAGAAGAUGUGAAUGAAAUGGCCACGGAAAGUGAGAUUGGGUCCACUUCGGAACGGAACUUUGCCGUGUUCGAGAGUACCGUUGGUGAGUUAGAACGAUCCAGUGAUUUUACCACGGUGUAUAAUGUUAACGCUGCCGAAGUCGAAACAACCACUCCAGGACAACGGAAAUUCUUCACGACUCUUCGUGGUCGCAGUUCUUCCUCUCAGGCAUCAACGGAACAUAGUGAUACGACACUGAAAGUGGUUUUGUCGGAAGUCAACACUAACAAAACGUUCAUUCCGGGGCGAUCUCGACCGACUCGACCGGCUCGUUUGCGUACUUCGACCAACGGUUCAUCGGAAUCCGAAAUCAACGAAUCAUCUACGUUGAGAUCCAAGUUCCCUACCCGAAAGGUCAUUGCCUCCCAGAAUUCCAAUGCUAUCUCAAGCGAUGGAGAACUGGAAAAACCUUCACGAACACCUUCACCAUUUUCACGCCGUCAGAGACCGUCUCCUUCGACUAGUUCGGUUGUACCGAUAGCCGAAACCGACAGUGAUGAUGUAACCGAAAAGGCUCCCGGUAUUUCCACAACUGUAACCAGACGUCGUUUGAACCGGCGUCGACCGACACCUUCAGCUGCGGUAGAACAAGCAGCCGAGGAAACACCGCAGAUUCGUCCAUCUGUACUUACCAGAAGGCAACGACUGCAAACGGGUCGAUCAACAACUACCAGAUCGACUACCACCGAAUUACCAACGACGGCAUCUCGCUCGACAACUAUCAGCCCCGCAGAGACUUAUACCGCUCUACCUACCUUCGCCGACAGUGCCGUGGGAAAUUCCGAUCAUACAACGGUCAUUUCUGAUGUUUCCAACGAGAUCGAAUCAACUUUUCUGACCAACGAAGUUCUGAGUAGUGACAACCUCUUGCGUCAACAGUUGCCAGAAUCUCGCGAAUCCAACGACUCGCAAGAAACCACCGAACUAUUGUCGACUGUCGUUACCAAUGAACCCUCUACCGAAGGACCCAGCAAAUCGAUACCAACGCGUAAGUUCGCCACAAAUGCGAGACGUCCUUCGGGUCCAGUACGGUACAAUGAUAAUCAACAAAUAGAAUCGGAAGUGGUUCCGAGUCGUAGUCCCACUCGUAAUUUCGCAGCAGCAAGGAAAAAGUUUGGUGCUUCGACGACUAGCACAACUACGGAAUCGCCGGAAGUAUCCACGGUGAAGAAAUUUAUUCCAUCCCGUAAAAGUCGCCCUUCGUUUUCGGUAGCACGGGCUAGGGCCACUAGUACUACAGAAGAACCUGCCGGCGAAAUUCAGGAUCAACCUACCAGCUCAACAGUUCGUUCUUUCUUGGCAUCUCGAAGAAGACCAGCCCUUGGUCAGUCUCGCUCGACGACAACAGCAAGUGUAAACUCCGACGAUGUGGCUGAAAGCUCGUCUAGCCGACCACUGAGUCCGACCCGUAGACGAGCAGCAUUCUCGGUCAGCCGAACUCCACGUCCGCAGUCGUUCGAGGAUUCAUUCGAUAAAGGUUCGAAUGCGGUUGUUAAACCGAACACCGAUCGUAAGGUAGAUCGAACCUCGGUACUGUUGCCGAGAAGACCGAACUUGUUUGCCCGUACUACAACUACCACAACGGAAGCCUACACGGACUUCGAAAGUGAUAGUAAAACUACUCUGGAGGAGGAAACUAGUGCGGAACGGUACGGACCGAGUACCCGUGGUUAUACCGAAAUUCGACGACCGUCAUCAUCGGAGGAAAAGGAUGGAGUGACGGGGCGUUACAGCGCCGAAGUAGAGGAUGAUGAAAAUGAAAUUCAGCGACAAGGUAAGCGACUGUUUGGUCCACUGGGGUCCGGAAAUAACAAUGUGGAUGAUGAAGAUCAUGGUGGACGCGAUUCGGCCGAAGUGACGACCGGUCUGAGAAGACCGGGACCUCGAAUUAUCGGAUCCGGAAGCACUCGAGUAGGCCCCGGAAGUAAUACACGUUUCAUUUUUAAGAAUAAUCAACCACCGGAAGGAUCAUCGACUACGGCCAGACCAAUCACUACCCGAUCAAGAAGACCAUUCGGCAACGUAGGUGGAUAUAAACCGGCAAAUGUAACAUCUGCCAGUGCUUCCAGCGGUGGAAGUGCUACGACUCCGAAAGCGCGUUUCACUUUAACCACUCGGGGUAGACCAGUAUUUGGAGGACGACAGCGAUCGACAACUGCAGCGGUGGGAGUUACUAGCGAUACCGAGGAAAAGCUAUCAUCACAAAAAGUCGGUGAAUCACAACAGGCAGCAACUCCAACACGACGAUACCAACCUAGAAAACCUACGAGAAAGUCAAACCUAACCACCAUUGCACCUCCAACGGGUGGUAGCCGGACACGUACAAACCUAUCUUCACUGUUUAAUCGUAAUCCAGCGGUAGUACUAACAACGACCGAACUUGCGCAACCAGAGACGACGCAAACGAGCGUAGAUUCACAAACAUCGGCAAUACUUUCGGUGCUGCCAAUCGGGCAACGGUCACGGUCACAACCAACAACUACAACAACAACAACACCUACCACACUUAUUACCGAGAACGAAGUGGAGAACACCACGUCGUACGAGGAUACAAUCAACACAGUCAGAACUACCACCGAAUACUACACCGCAUCGGACGAAACUCUGUACACCACACUCAAUACGGCCGACACAAUUUACACCAUUAAUGAUAAUAUCGAUAUUGAUGAUGUCAAUAUAUUGCAGGAACGUAGUAGAACAUCCACCACCACGGUCCGACCAACGACGCUCUACCACGUGUUCUCGAUUGACAAGGAGAACGAAUCGAUGCCGUCGUCGACGGAAAUCUACCGAACGGAAGAGCAGGAAAUCGAACUGCCGGCGACGAACAAGACGGACAAACUGGUCGAGAUUCAUCGUGUGGUGGAGAUCUACACGAAGAAUACCAGCAACCCGGACGAAAUUCCGGUAAUGCAGAAGCUGGGUGAAAUCAAUCGCAAGAUCAUCAUUCGUCUCGUUGAACCGAGGAACAAGACUGAGGUCGAAGAUAAGAAAAGCCGAACGCUGGUAUUCGCUGAUAAUAUUUUCAACGUCGAAACAUCGACGAUCCCACUGGAAGGACUGUUCGAUCCCGAUAAGGACGAGAAAACCGGAAAGACGGAAAUCAACACGACGGAACUGAACUUGGAAGAAGAGCUGUCGACCGUUGCACCCCGUGUGGAAAUCGAACGAAUCUCCAGUGCGGAGUUUGGCGUUACCGAACGUGAGCAACGCACGGAACUGGUGACUAUUACUCCGCUGAUAGCGGAGACGGAACGUUAUAUUCAGGUAACUAGUUCAUCUGUUAAACCGGAUACGGAACGAACGGUAGAUUUUGAAGACAGCACACUAAGCGAAGAAGAUCAGGCCACGGAUGAUUACACAGAAGAGUUGCCGACGACAGCGCCGGUUCAAUCACCGCCAAGUACAUCAACCUCGACGUCGACGACGACAACGGCAACAACAACGACUACUACUACUUCGACGACGACGGAAGCUCCAACAACUGUCCCGGCAACAGAACCAACGAGUUCUUCGACAACUCAAAUCGUUCACAAGUACACGCUUCCCGCUGAAUUCUUUUUCCAGGAACCAUCCGAUGAGCACACACCUUCACCAGCAGUAAGCUCUUUGACAACCCCGACUACAACAACUCCUUCAACUACCACUACGAUUAAACCGACUAGCCCCACCUCCACUACAACUGUGAACCCGUCUGCGGUUCCAGAACGUGUACAACCAUUGGUUAUCCCAAGCGUAGAGACCAAGAGAAAAUACACUAAACGACCGAAAACCACUAUCUACCGACCGCAACUGGAUUUCAUCUACACAAACGAAAACUCGAGCGAGGAUGAACCGGCCGCUGUCACAGAACAGGUAACUGAACCGCUUCCUAGCACUUCCACCCAGAAAGUACAAAGCACCAGUAGAAAGUACGUUCCCUCGGUAGCAUUGCGCUCUAACUUUGGUGAAGGGGCAUCCCACAGGAAGUCCAAAGAUAUACAAGUAGUGCCUCUGUCGAAGGUAGCCGCCAAAAAGGCACCGAAGCCAACAACAACAACAUCUACUAGUACUACUUCGACAACUACCACAACGACAACUACUGAAGCCCCCAUAACGAAGGUAGACUUUAACAUCAAAUAUGUGGUACCGGUCAUCAAGCCGGACUUCAACGUGCACGAAUUGAAGAUCGAAAGUAAGAAUGACAUGUACAGCAUUCCGCUGUCAUCGCUUUACCAUCCGGACUUCAUGACACGGGAAAUAUCUGGGGAACAGCGACAGGAACGCCAGUACUCGCCAGUCUACCGACCGGAACUGGACAACGAUGAACUAACGCGAGCACUGACCAGUGAUUCGGAUCCGGUCGCACUAGAGGCGGCUAGCUUGGAUCGGGAAAUUCUCGGCGAUCGCAGCAGCAGCAAUAAUGACAACGAAAGUGAGGAACGAACCAACGAACCCCGUAGCAUACCAGCGUACUUCUUCCGACGGGCUGGGGAGGUCAGUUAAAACCCAACGCUCAACUCCAUGUAAAUCGCCAACAAGCACACACACACACACACAGGCAUACUGUGUUUGGUGUUUGUUGUUGUUUACCGCGCUAACAGGUUGUUGAUCGCAUGAUCGGUGUGGAGACAUUUACUGCCAAGGCUACUGCGACGGUGCGUUCUGCCGUCGAGUGCCUUCGUCAAUGCUUCUAUCCUCCCCCCGUAAAUCAGUAUUGUGUUUUUAAUCCCCGAAACAACGAGAUGCCAUAGAUUUUAACUAAUUUAUUGUUGUUUCUUCUAACCAUGAAAACAUGACCACGUUUUAUAUGUUUGUGUGUAGUCCCGAUCCUUCAUUUUUUUUUGUACCAUCGAACCUCCUUCUAUGUGUGUCUGUGUGUGGUAUUUAUUCUCGCAACUAUCCUUUGGUGACAGCCCAACAAAAAAAACCUAUCUUAUGUUUACCCAACCCUGUCUGUUUCCGGUGAGAGUGAAUGGAACAGUAGCCAGCAUGUACACCCGCAAGUGAGCGGAACAUGAUUUUUUUACUGUGUAAAGUUACGGUUGUCGUUGUUGUUGUUGUUGUUGCUGUUGAGACGCACCCAGGAUUGUUUGUGCUUGCAACUCUAAAACUACCGAUACUCGAAUGAAUAUCGAACACACGUUAGCGUAAAUCAUAACCACACGAUUUCAGCACCCCAACAAAGUCCAUCGAAAUGAGCUUGCACCUUUCACUGUUGUUGUGUUUACACCUAACCUCACCAAUUAUUUUCAGUUUUCAAUGUUUCCAUGUAGAAUACCAAAACCUUAACUCUAUAUAAAUAUCAUUUUAUAAGAACGUAGAGCGAGAACGCAAACAAGUACGUUGGAACUACGAAAUGCUAGUCUAUAAGUAGUGGAUUGAAGGACAAAAAAGUGAAACAAAAAAAAAACAAUGGCGAGAUUUGACAGCUGCUCUAUAUUUAUUUGCUAAAGUGACGCUGAAGUGAAACUGAUAGAAAAUACUCCCAAGAUGGCCCGCUGAAUCCUCGGCAAACUACUACCAGUGUUCGAGGGUAGUGAGGUCUAGAAUCGUCAUUCAUAAUCAAACAAUACAAUUUAGAUAGGCUUACGGUAGAGUAGUCCAACUAGUUCGAUAGUUAGGUUAAACUUUGAUUUAGACAUUUUCAACCACUCCCUUCUAUAAUGAAGAACCCUUGCACAAUGACAACUCGUAAUUUGUAAACGUCAUAAUGUUUUAUUUGCUGCUCACGACUGACUACCACACUGAGAAAGAAUCGUUUGUGUAAAUAACAUGUAUUAAUCGAUCUUUUACUUCAUUCACUACUUAGCCAACACAGCAAGCAAACAAAAGAAGUAGAUUGUAUAUAGUUAAAGAAAAAAACAAAAGAAAAACAAAAACACUAGGUAGUAGUUUAACUGAUAAGACCGAAACGACGAGAGACCGAUGGUCCGAAGCGAUAGGAAAGCUGUUAGCACUGUUUUUGUACAGAUAAAACACUGGAACAAGCGUUCGUUAAAUUAAAAA